AUGACGGUAAGAUCGCCAAAUAAAAGCGAGAGAUGGCAGUCAAUGCCGGGGAUCGCUGGGAAUGAUGAGAAGACAGAAGGAGAGAUCGAGGGGGAGGAGAGAGAACUGCUGGAUCUAUUAAGCGGUAGUGAGGGAAAGAAGGAUGUAGGGGGAAAGGGGAGACAACGCAGGAGUUUUUCGUUGACAGACGAAAAUGUAGUGAGUGUAGGCAGCGCGGAUUUCAAUGCUAAUACGAAAGAGAAACCGGGAAGGCCGACCAAUUUAAAAUUGUUAGAUAAAGAGAGGGAUAUUAAUAAAGGAAUGAUGAUAAAAUUUGUACAAGGUGGGAAAGGGAAAGAAGGAGACGAUAAGAACAAAGAUAAACAGGAAUCAGAAAAUAAAAGGGAAAAUAAAGGUAGAAAAGAAAGAAAAGAAUUUGCGGAUUUAGAAGAAUUGAUUAAAAGAAUGGGAGAAAGUACAAGUAAAGGUAUGGAAAAAAUAAAUAGGAACUUGGAUAGGAAAAUGGAUAAAGUGAACGAAGGGCUAAGCAACGAAAUAGGGGGGAUAAAGAAAAUGUGCGAAGAAUGGGAAAAGCGAUGGAAGGUUGAAAAGGAUAAAAUGUACAAGAAACUCAAUGCGUUAGAGGAAAAUCAAAAAGAAACUAAGGAAGAAGUGGAAAGAGAAUUAUGGGAGGUGAGGGAGGUAUUAAGGGAAUCGAAAGAAAUGGUGACAGAUGUAAAGAAAAGAUUGGAAGAAUUAGAAUGUAACAAAGAGGUCCAAGUAUGUAGAGAAGUGAGAGAGACAGGGUUAGAGGAAAAGAUGGAGGAGGUCACUAAAUGGAUGGAACGCACAGAGAGGGAAAAACGAAAGAGUAACAUAGUGGUCAAAGGGAUGAAAGUAGAAAGAAAGGAUGGAAAAGUGACUAUUGAAAAAAUAUUUAGAGAGAUAGGAGCAAAUGUGAACAUUGUGGGAUUAAAAGGGGUUGGUGGGGAGGACAAGGAAAGGCCUAAAGUGUGGGUAGUGCAACUGGCAAACGAAGAACAGAAAAUGGAGGUGAUGGCAUCAAAAAAUAAAUUAAAGGGAAGGAAAGAAAUAAUAGAAGAGGAUAAAACAUGGAAGGAAAGAGUAAUUUCGAGGAAAUUAGAUCAAAAGAAGUGGGAAGAGAGGGAUAAAGGUGCACAAGUAAAGAGAGGAAGGGAAUGUGUAUGGAUAAAUGGGGUUAAGUGGGUAGUAAGCGAAGCAACAGGAGAAGUGGUAAAGGACGAAAGGAAUAGAGAAAAAAUUAUGUCAGAGGGACGUGAAAAUGGAAAUAAUGAAAAGGUUUUUUGGGUCAGGAGUGGAGAAGGGAGUGGAGUAGAGAUUUCAAGGAAAGAGCGGGAAUAA